GCCAACUCUCUCUCUCCUCACUCCUCUCUCUCCUCUCUCAGCGAGUGCGCAGCACACAGUCACCGCCGUCUCUCUCUUUCUCUCUCGCUGUACUUGAUGCUCAUACGCUUCGCCUUAAACCCAAUCAAAGCCCCUCUCAAUCCCAUCCAUUUCAUUUAUUCCAACUCAUUUCGAGUUGUUCCUCCGUACUCGCUCAGAUCCUGCCUUGUUGACUCUUCUCCGAGAUCGUCAAUGCCAAUGGCGAUGCCGCCUAAGUCAUCUAUGUCGUCCGGCCACACCGAAGCGGGACUUGCCAGGCGCUUUUGGGACAAGUUCAAUCGAGAAUCCAUUUUUGCCAUGUACACUCCCUUUGCUGUGUGUUUGGCCUCCGGCAAUUUGAAGAUUGAAUCCUUCCGUCAUUACAUCUCUCAGGACGUUCAUUUUCUUCGGGCCUUUGCUCAAGCUUACGAGUUGGCAGAGGAGUGUGCUGAUGAUGAUGAUGCAAAGCUUGGAAUUUCUGAGUUGAGGAAGUCAGUUUUAGAGGAGCUAAAGAUGCAUAAUUUACUUGUGCAGGAAUGGGGAUUAGACCUUGCCAAAGAGAAUAUUAACUCUGCAACUGUCAAGUACACAGACUUCCUGUUGGCUACAGCCUCUGGCAAGGUGGAUGCAGUAAAAGGUCCCGGUAAGCUGGCAACACCUUUUGAGAAAACCAAGAUUGCUGCUUAUACUUUGGGUGCCAUGACUCCUUGCAUGAGCCUCUAUGCCUUUUUGGGCAAGCAGUUUCAGGAACUUCUAGACAACAAGGAUCCUCACCCUUUCCAGAAGUGGAUCGACAAUUAUUCUUCUGAAGGUUUCCAGGCCUCUGCUUUACAAACAGAAGACUUGCUUGAGAAAUUAAGCGUCCCUUUGACAGGCGAAGAGCUUGAUGUCAUUGAAAAGCUAUAUCACCAAGCUAUGAAGCUUGAAAUUGACUUCUUCUGUGCACAACCACUAUUUCAACCAACUGUAGUACCCCUGACUAAAGAACAUAACCCAGAAAGAGACCGCCUCAUGAUAUUUUCUGAUUUUGAUUUGACAUGCACCGUUGUUGACUCAUCUGCCAUCUUGGCAGAAAUUGCAAUUUUGACAGCACCAAAAUCUGAUCACAAUCAAUCCAAGGAUCAAACUGUUCGGAUGUCAUCCAUUGAUCUCAAGAGUACGUGGAUGGAACUAUCGCAGGAGUAUACAGAGGAGUAUGAGCAAUGUAUAGAAAACAUGAUGCCUGCUGAGAGAUUGGAGAAUUUUGAUUUCCAAAAACUGUCUGUAGCACUGGAGCAACUCUCAAAGUUUGAGAAAAAGGCAAAUGAUAGGGUUAUUGAGUCAGGGGUACUCAAGGGUUUAAACCUUGAAGAUAUAAAGCGGGCUGGGGAGCGUCUAAUUCUUCAAGAUGGUUGCAUUAAUUUCUUUCAGAGAGUUGUAAAGAAUGAAAACUUGAAUGCAAAUGUGCAUAUACUUUCAUACUGCUGGUGUGAUGAGCUAAUUAAGUCUGCUUUUUUGUCAGCGGGCUUGAAUGAGCUGAAUGUGCAUGCUAAUGAGUUCACUUUUGAGGGAUCUGUCUCCACUGGUGAAAUUGCUAAGAAGGUGGAAUCUCCCGUUGAAAAGGUCCAAGCUUUCCGGAAUAUAUUAAACAACUUCAAUGAUGAAAGGAAGAAUUUGACUGUUUACAUUGGGGACUCAGUGGGUGAUUUGCUAUGUCUACUCGAAGCUGAUAUUGGAAUUGUGAUUGGUUCAAGUUCUAGCCUUAGAAGAGUAGGGACGCAGUUUGGUAUUUCAUUUGUCCCAUUGUUUCCUGGCUUGGUUGGGAAGCAGAAGGAGUACAUUGACGAAAGCUCUUCCAUUUGGAAGGGUUUGUCGGGCGUUCUUUACACGGUCUCCAGUUGGGCUGAAGUGCAUGCCUUUAUUUUGGGUUGCUAGUCUUGUUGAAAUGAGUAUACAUAGUGCAAUACAGAUACACAAACAGGUGGCAAAUUUUAUAAGGGCCACGGAUCUCAUGCUAUCCCUCUUCUUUCUCGUACAGAAUGUUGCGAUUCAGAGAUAUGGUGUCAUUCUGUUUACUGAAUGUGCUUUACCUGUGGGUAUGAGAAAUUUGAGGCAGCAGUGAUCCAAAACAUAGAUUGUUAGAUGAAGGCUUCGAUACAGCCGUCGUAGCGUUGUACUGGUAAUUACUAGGUUCCUGAUUUUUACAAAUUGUAAGAAUGGUGCUGAGAUCACUAUUAUUUUCAGUUGAAUGCUUGCUCGGGAUGCAUGCGGAUGCAGAAAGUUGAUGUCCAUCAACGCUAUUUUUCUGAACCACUUAUUGGAAUGCAAAUAUGAUCUGUUCUGAGA